UUUUUGUUGUUGUGACUAGCUAUUAUUAGCUUUCUUUCUCGUUUUUAUUUUUUGACGUGUUCUUGUGGUCUUUGUGAUCACAUUAUGAUCCUAGUAAUACUAAAUCCAAUAUGAGUUUGUAUAUUCUAGUAAUGAUAGUAAAACAGAAUUUGCUUCUCUUUAAGGGAUACAUAUUCCAUAAGGUAAUGAUAUCAAGUGUAAUUAAGAAAUGUUGGGAUUUAUAUUAGAAAGUAGUUUUGGUUGUGAGCCUCACAUCAUAGAUUUGUGUAAGAAACUCUACCAAAUUAUCUUCCUUAAAUGAUUUAAACUAAGAUUCCUUGGUACUUGCAUACUAUGUACUUUCUCAUUCCGUCAUAUCUUACGAUAUAUGCCUGCAAUGGAGAUGAUAUUGAAAUAAACUUAUUAUGGGUUCGUGUUUUCUUCAAGAUUAUUUAUUGAUUUAGUUAAUUAGGACCUUUUCAAUCAGACUCAGUUGAAUAUUCUGUGAAAAAUGUAUUUUUCUGUUGAAAAAUAAUUCUAUCACAUGAAGAUUUUGCUAACUUGCAUCAGGAAAGUAGUCAGUUUUCAAUUUUAUGCAGGGUUGAGGUAUUCUCACGGAACUGUAUUUCCGUUAGCGAUGGAAAAUACACUAGUAUUUGGUAAUAUUUCAAACUUGCAUUUCUCUGUUCCCACGGAAUUGUGAUCUGUCUACACGUGGACCGUCGUCUCGUUGGUGGAAGGGGAACAUAAUUUGUAACUCGAAUUUUUCUUCUAAAUUGUAUGAGGAGAAGCAGAGGAUGUUGAUUCGAUAAAGCAUAUGAGGACAGUGGGGAGCGCUAAUAUUGGCCAAUGUGUCAAUAAUAUCUUGAGAAGAAUAAUGAUUGAUGAGCUGGCCAUGAAAUUCUCUUAUACUGGCCGUGCAUCAAACGGGAACACAAAAACUCCAUUUCAUGGGAGUGAGAUAUCGAAAUACAUACUGAUUGCUGUUCAAACGUUUCUUGGUGACAUUGCAAUUGAAGUGAAAUAUGGAUCGUUGGCGUCGAAAUGGUUUCAACAAGCCAGAACAAGGUUGUUGAGAAGGACCAAGAGCAGAGAGACUACGCCUCAUGAAGCUCAAAUCGAGGACAAUAGCAGUUCAAAGUAAAAAUAUAUAAUUAGUUAUAAAUUAAAAGUUCAAUUUUUGUAAUA